AUGCUCCAAGGAGAUCCGCAGGUGAGAUUCGCGCACAGCAGCCACUCGCCCAAUCUGGCAGUGCUUCGCUAUCUUUGGAGGACGAAAGGACUGAGGGCACUAUGGCUGGGAACAGGCGUGAGUAUUGCUCGGACAGCUCCGAAGUAUGUGGCUGCAGUUGGUGCUAAGGAUGCCAUGGAAGAGCUGCUGGCUCAAGAUGACGACAUGACCAUAGCAAGUUCCGUGCUGAGGUCCAUUAAAAAGUCUGUUGCGGCUUCCAUCGCAGGAUCAAUCGUGACUAAUCCGCUCGAUGUGGCGCAGAACGAGAUGUACAAGACAGGGGACAGCUUCGUUUCGACGGUGAAGCGUCUACAACGUGCGGAGGGCUGUCGGUGGCUUUUUCGAGGCGUUGACAAGAAUGUGCUAGCGAGUGCUAUGCCAAUGGCUCUCACCAUCUUCCUCACCGAUGCCUUCACGCAAUGGUCUCGUGCUGUUGCUGAGCAGAAAGACAACCAGGGGUGCUGCCCGGCUGCCCGGCCGCAGAGCAUGUUGUUUCUGGUUACAGAGUCGGUGCUGAACGCCGCAAGCCAUGUGCUGUUCGCAUUGGCUUGGAGGGAGUGGGAGAUGCGAAGUGCGGGCAACAGCAGGCUCACCAGCUCAAAAAGGAAGCGUCAGCUCAAGAGUAUCAAGUGGGGCCUCGUGUUCGUCUUUGGUGAAGCGCCCCUUUCGAUUUCCGCUGCUGUUAUUUUUUCGAUCCCUUCACGAGACGAUCCUCCAGGUCAUAGCGGACUGCUGAUUGCUGGAAUGGACCGAACAGGUGCUGUGCAACCGAUAGUUCUUGUUGCGCAGAGCGGAACGGCGUCUGUAGACAAGAUUGGAGGGCUGAAGCUGCACCGGCUCCCAGCAGAGGAGCUGCGGGUGCACCGUUUCGAUCGAGUCGAGAGUCGUCUGCACAGCCGUGGAAGCCAGGUCCGCUCCGAGUCGAAUCAAGUUCGGGGUCAUGACUCCCGGGACAUAGUGCGUGCAAGCACAAGCCGGAGCGAGGAUCGCGUUGCUCGGGACGGAGCCAAAGACGAGGUGUCCUUAUCCGGACCUCUUUCUGAGACACAUAGCUUGGAGGAAUUCGUGCAGCAGGAUUUGGAUGCUUUCUGGAGGUGGUGUGCAACCCCGAUUGAUGGUCUGCAUCGGUGCGGUUUGCUGGUAAAGCUCUUUGACUACAGUGGCCUGACCCUGGAGAAGGCAACUGACAAGGUUUGCAAGUUGAACAGCGAGCUGCACGCUUUGGGCGUUUGUGCAACGGACCAAGUGGAACCUUACCAGCGUGUUCCCUACGAGGCCUUUGUUCAAAGCCGCCGGUUACGAGAGGCGGUCCAGAGCUGUACUGGCAGCAAGCUUUCUCGCGAGAAGAGGAGCGGCAGGGCUGGCGGGCCCACACCGCUGGCUUUGUGGGUGCUCAAUGUGAUCUCGCUAGAGGGCAAGGGUUUCCUGAGUGGCCGUCCAGACCGACUCAAUGAUUUGCCGUGA